AUGACACGAACUAUAUUAGACGUGGUCAAGGAAUGCGACAACUUCACGACGCCCGAACGUGGUGAAGCCACGGCCCCCGAUUUCUGGCGACAAUACUAUACUUUCCAAAUCAAUGGCUGCAAUGCGGUACUGGGGUACAUUCGCCAGGCGAUAAUUGGGAAAAUCCAAUGGUCCGACGCGUGGAUAAUCGACCGGCAGUCACGAGCCGUCAUCCUCAACACUCCAUCAACCGCCACGCGAGAAACACGUUCCGAAGCACUCAUACAAACUUUAAGGGCCACUCAAAAGCAUGGAACUAUUUCAAUGCUGAGCAAAUGGCGGAACGAGACAUUUCCAGUCUACGAUUUACAGGGCAACGUUCUCCUCGAGAUCGAGCGCUGCGCGAGCGCCUUAUUCGGAAUCGUGACCUACGGCGUCCAACUCCUCUGCUACGUGAACGAUGACCGAGACGGUCUACGGCUAUGGAUUGGUAAACGAUCAAGCAGGAAGCAGACUUAUCCGGGGAUGUUGGAUUGUACUGCUGCCGGUGGUUUACCUACGGGAACGCUGCCACUAGACGCUAUCAUGUGUGAAGCACAAGAGGAGGCAUCUAUCCCGGGUGAGUAUACGAAAAGGCACAUCGAGUCGAUGGGACCAAUUAGUUAUUUUCACGUUCGUGGACCCAAGGCCGGAGGGGAGAUUGGUUUGUUACAGCCCGAGGUUGAGUAUACGUAUCAGCUUGAAUUGGAGGCCGGGAUGGUGCCGACGCCGAGUGAUACGGAGGUGGAGAGUUUUACUUUAUACAGCGUGGAGGAGACGCUGGAAUCCUUGAAACAUGGCCUUUUCAAGCCCAAUAGUGCUGUCGUGAUUGUCAAGUUCUUCAUUGAGCUUGGGCUAAUGUGCCCCGAAAACGAACCGGAUUACUCGGAGAUUUUGUCACAUUUGAGUCGACCUCUUGAGUUUCCUGUUGUGAUUCAUUCAUCUACUUGA